AUGGCACCAGUCGCCAUCUCUCCCGAAGACCCCGUCUUCAACACCAAGCGCGACGGCCAGGCUCUCGAGGACCUGUCCGACGCCAUCGACACCGUCAACGUCCUCAAGCAGCAGCAGAAGCAACAGGCCGAAAAAGACCUCUACGAAGAGUCCGAGUUCGACAAGAACAAGGACAAGACCCAGUUCCGCCAGUACGAGGACGCCUGUGACCGGGUCAAGAACUUCUACAAGGAGCAGCACACCAAACAGACCGUCGCCUACAACCUCAAAGCCCGCCACGCCUUCCACGCCAAGACCCGCGCCGAGAUGAGCGUCUGGGACGCCAUGGAGAAGCUCAACACGCUGAUCGACGAGUCCGACCCGGACACCUCGCUCUCCCAGAUCGAGCACCUGCUCCAGUCCGCCGAGGCGAUCCGCCGCGACGGCAAGCCGCGCUGGAUGCAGCUGACGGGCCUCAUCCAUGACCUCGGCAAGCUGCUGUACUUCUUCGACGCCCAGGGCCAGUGGGACGUCGUCGGCGACACCUUCCCCGUCGGCUGCGCCUUCGACGACCGCAUCAUCUACGGCACCGACUCCUUCAGGGACAACCCGGACUACGGCCACGAGAUCUACGGCUCCAAGUUCGGCAUCUACUCCCCCGGCUGCGGGCUCGACAAGGUCAUGCUCUCCUGGGGCCACGACGAGUACCUCUACCACGUCGUCAAGGACCAGAGCACCCUGCCCGCCGAGGCCCUCGCCAUGAUCCGCUACCACUCCUUCUACCCCUGGCACAACCAGGGCGCCUAUCACGAGCUCAUGAACGACCACGACAAGGAGAUGCUCAAGGCUGUCAAGGCGUUCAACCCAUACGACCUGUACAGCAAGAGUGACGAUGUCCCCACUGUCGAGGAGCUGAAGCCCUACUAUCUCGAGCUCAUUGACGAGUACUUCCCAAACAAGGUCAUCAAGUGGUAG